AUCAACCCAACUAUUUCUUCCUUAUAUUAUACGGCAGCAAAACAUUCUGUAGCAUUUGAGCCCUCAAUCCGACAUCAAAAUCCGACCAUGUCAUUAAUAAUUCAUCCAAUGAAUUUCUAGCUAGUUUCGGUUCCAAAUAUGUUAAUCUCUCUGUACCUUUGAUAUUGCCUCCGCACAACUUUCCGGUGAUCCGACGCCGUCUUGGUCAUGGACAGCGGAGAGCUUCAGAGGGCUGGAGUCCUUCAACGUCUUCCACUGCUUGUGAUUAACUUCGUUGCUGGAACUCUGGUUCUGCUUUUUGCCCUUGCUGGAUUUUUCGCAGGAGGCAUUGCUGGUGCUUUAGCUGGUAAGGCUUCUGACAGUGGUAUUGUUCGUGGAGCCGGGUUGGGUGCUGUUGCUGGGGCUGUACUCUCUGUGGAGAUUUUGGAAGCUUCACGUGAGUUGUUGCGUCUUGGCCAGCCUGGCUCAAGAAGAUCUUCAUUGAUGGCAGAAAUUACAGAGGAGCUUAUUUGUUGGAGGUUUGAGGAGGAAAACUUUCCACCGCCGGAAGUGGCAACUGCUGGCCAUUGGCAGCAGGUUAACUUCGCUAAUCAUAAUGUUGAUGAGAGUCGUGAUGGAGUAAUUGAAACCAGAGGGUUGUCAGGGAAUUCGCUCAGGAAAUUGCCACAUCAUGAGAUUCUGAGGGAUAAGGCAGCUCGGGUUUCCUGUUGUACAAUAUGUUUGCAGAAUCUUGAAGUGGGAGAAACUGCAAGGACCCUCCCACUCUGUCAGCAUACAUUUCACUUGGCUUGUGUGGACAAGUGGCUUGCUGGACAUGGUUCGUGCCCUUUAUGCAGACAAGAUGUGUGAAAAAGCUGGUAUUGCGUACAAACGUGUUUCAAUAGGCAAUUGGGGGAGCCGGUUUAGUGGUAUGUUGGUUAUUUGUAGCUUAGCUUGGAAGUUAGGGAGGUAAUUCUUUGAGAUUGUGUGAGGCUGUAGAUAUGUAUUGUAAAUAUAUACUCAUGAUUUCUGAUUAUGUAUUUGACAAGACGCCCUCAUGUGGUUGCAAAUAAGUUGUGUUGCACAAAAGCAGAGCUUAUGGAUGCUCCUUGUCAUAACAGGAAUGAUAACAGUUUUACAGAGCCGAGGGCAUGAAGUUCGAAUUAUGAAUCUCCUGGAAGGGUAUGGUACAGAAUCUAUAGAUCAGUAGGAUCACCACAUAUGACAUUGCUUAUUUGUUUAUUUCUAUUCUCUUAUGAAAAAAUAUAUAUAUCAAGAA